AUGUUCGCGCUAAUUAAGUGGGUGGAGGAUGAAAAAUUCUCAAUUCUUCCAACUGCACAUAUUAGAGGAUUUGAUGAGGAUAAAUACUCAGGGGGUCUAGAAGAAAAUGACGUUUACUUUGUGGAGUGGCACCAAGGCGUCAAAGAGCCGAAAGGCGGGUGGCCGGUUUUUGAGGCCUCCAUCAUCAAGAUAGCAGAAAGGGAGAGAACGUUACAAAUAAAACUUAAGGAGCUUGAAGAACAGCUAACCAAGCCAGACACUCUUAAGAGAAAGAGUAAACCUUCAAUAAAACUCCUAGAGGCCGCAGAUGUGAGAGAGGAACCAGCAGCUAAGAAAAAGGGACAGCUCACAGACCUACCAAAUGAUCUAAAGUUGUGGAAUGAAAGAAAAAUUGAACAUCUACAGCGUGUGAUAAAUCAGCUGAGAGAAGAAAACAUGAAUCUAAAUAAAGAAAAUGAGAGGCUGAAAAAUGAAAUACUUAAAAAAAUCCCACCUCUCCUUCUGGCUACAGAGCACUUACUCCAGGAGCCCAUGAAAUCAAAUGCAGAUGCCCCUGACAUGUUCAUGAUGUCAAAGACUCCAUCUCAUGUUCCCCUCUCACAUGCUCCUAAACCUGUGGAAUCAAAUGCAGAUGUCCUUGAUGUGCCGAAGGCUCCAUCCACUGCUUCUCUGUCUGCUAAAUGUUCCAGUGAUGCUAAUUAUGUAAGUACUUUUUGCUGA